UCCCCCAAGAUGGCCGCCGAUGCGGGAUCGAUGGCUCGAUAUCGGGAGCCCGGCGGGGCUCUCCGGCGGCGCCAGAAGGAGCUUAAUUCUGUUGCUUCCGAACUGGCGGCACGGCAGGAAGAAAGCGAGCAUUCUCAUAAACAUUUAAUUGAACUCAGCCGGGAAUUUAAGAAAAAUGUACCUGAGGAGGUCCGCGACAUGGUGGCUCCUGUCUUGAAGAGCUUCCAGGCAGAGGUGGUUGCUCUUAGUAAAAGAAGCAAAGAAGCAGAAGCGGCAUUCCUGAGUGUUUACAAGCAACUGAUUGAAGCUCCAGAUCCUGUACCGGCCCUCGAGACGGCGCGGAGCCUUGAAGACCGGCGCCAGCAGCUGCACUGCCUUGGUCCUGAAAACCCACCUUUGAAGGAGCUGAACAGGCCGCGGAAGAAGAACUCGGAGCUCCUUUGUGCAAAAGAGCAACGGGAGGGGACACCUCCUGCCGGCCUGGCUACUUCGGAGGGGCCCAGGCUCGCCAGCAUCAACAGCAAAGCACUCCUUGCGGAAAACUCGCUCCAUAGAAAUGAAGUCGAGAAGCAAAAGGGUCUGCAGGAAGCACAGAUCACUUUGGCUGCUCGGCUGGGGGAAGCAGAAGAGAAGAUCAAAGUGCUCCAUUCAGCACUGAAGGCAACCCAGACAGAGCUGGUCGACUUGCGGUGUAAAUACGAUGAAGAGGCAGCUUCAAAGACAGAUGAAGUCGCCAUGAUUAUGACGAACCUGGAAAAAGCCAACCAGAGAGCCGAGGCUGCCCAGAGGGAGGUGGAGAGCCUGCGGGAGCAGCUUGCAUCUGUAAACAGCUCUCUUCACCUGGCUUGCUGCUCUCCCCAAGGAUCCAGCGGGGUGAGGACAAGGAGGAGACCUGUCACGAGGCCUAUGGACAAAGUGAAUUACUCCCUGUGCCCAGGGCCCCGGCUGGAGGCAGCGCUGGCCUCCAAGGACCGGGAGAUCCUCCGUCUUCUCAAGGAGAUCCAGCAUUUGCAAAACUCCCUGCAGGAGCUCGAAGAGUCUUCGGCCAACCAGAUUGCAGACCUGGAGCGACAGGUGGCAGCCAAGAAUGAUGCAAUAGAGAAGUUGGAAGAAAAGCUGCGAGCCCAGUCCGAUUAUGAGGAAAUCAAGACGGAACUGAGCAUUUUGAAAGCGAUGAAGCUGGCCUCCUCUAACUGCAGCCUUUCCCAGAGCAUAUCAAAACCCAGUGAUGUUUUGCUUCUGGGAAAGGAAUCCUUCUACCCGUCGCAGAAGUUCCUUUUGGAAAAACCAGGCCUCGUACCCGGUACUGAGGAGGAUCCCUCGGAGGAUGAGUCGGUGAAGGACUCCAUGGGCACAGGCCAAUCCUACCUUUCCCCUCAGCACCUCUCGCACCCGCUCCGGGAAGAUUCAACCUCCCCGUCCCUCAUCCAGCCGCUGCUGGGCCCCUCCAUGGCUCAGGAUGUACCAAGGACUUUCACGCUCUCGCCUUUUCCUGCUGAGCGGAUCCCACUGGACUCCCUCCUGCCGAAACAGAUGGGGCCUCCUGCGUACAAGAACGAGGCUGGCGGCAUGGCAGUCUUCCCUUCCGCUUUCUACUCCGCCAAAGCGGCGGCGUUGCCGGGCAACCCCAGCCAAGCCACCCCAGCCAGCGAGGCGAGCCCGCCCAGUGACCAGUCGGAAGGCAGCAGUUCGGGUUCAGCCGAUGAGGAGCAGCUGGACACGGCUGAAAUUGCCUUCCAGGUGAAGGAGCAGCUCCUCAAGCACAACAUUGGCCAGCGGGUCUUUGGGCAUUAUGUCCUCGGCCUCUCUCAGGGCUCCGUCAGUGAGAUCCUGGCCAGGCCAAAGCCUUGGCGUAAGCUCACGGUCAAGGGGAAGGAGCCGUUCAUCAAGAUGAAGCAGUUCCUCUCCGACGAGCAGAACGUCUUGGCCCUGAGGACGAUCCAAGUCCGCCAGAGAGGCAGCAUCACGCCGAGGAUUAGGACGCCAGAGACUGGCUCUGAUGAUGCCAUCAAGAACAUCCUAGAACAAGCAAAGAAGGAGAUUGAGUCACAGAAAGGAGGGGACACCAAGAGCUCUGCGGUGCCCCAGGUGAUUGCCAACGGCACCUGCGCCAGCAACUCUGAAGAUGCCAUCAAGAGCAUACUGGAGCAGGCCCGCCGGGAGAUGCAGGCCCAGCAGCAGGCCUUGCUCGAGAUAGAAGCGGGGGGCGCCGGCAGGCCUGUCGCCACACCCCCUGUGGAGCGCUCAACCCUGGCGACGGUCAGCCAGAACAUCGUCCAGGCUUACAUCAAGCAGGAGGAGGGCAUGCUGGGCCCAAACGCCAGUGGCAGCACAAUGCAGAACCCCCUGACCGUGCUCUCCCCUGCGGCCUUCGUGCAGAGCAUCAUCCGGAAGGUCAAGUCCGAAAUCGGGGACGCUGGCUCCUAUUUUGACCAACACUGGGCUUCCGAAAGGAGCUUGCUGAGCCGUCCGUACACCUCCGUCUCGCCUUCCUUGUCCUCCUCGUCCAGCUACUCCAGCAUGGCCAACGGGCGGGCGUGGCAACGGGGCGAGCCUAGCGAUGCCGUCCCGAACGAGGAAGACCUCGCGACCUCUGAGGAUGAGCCCCACAGGGUGAUAGAGGUCAAGUCGGAAGUGGCCGGCUCAGAAGCCCAGGGCACCGGGCGCCUGUCCUACUACCCAUCCUACGUGCCAAGGACUCUCAAACCCACCGUCCCGCCCUUGACGCCCGAGCAGUAUGAGUUGUACAUGUACAGGGAAGUGGACACCUUGGAGCUGACGCGGCAGGUCAAGGAGAAGCUGGCCAAGAACGGGAUCUGCCAGCGCAUCUUCGGGGAAAAGGUGCUGGGUCUGUCUCAAGGGAGCGUGAGCGACAUGCUGUCUAGGCCCAAGCCCUGGAGCAAGCUGACCCAAAAAGGCCGGGAGCCCUUCAUACGGAUGCAGCUGUGGCUCACGGACCAGCUGGGCCAAGGCAUGAGCCAGCAGGCCAACCCACCACACGCCAGUCCCGGGGAGGUUCGGUCUUCCCCUUCCCCACCACCCAGCCCCUCAGAGCGAGAGAAGAGCCCCCCUGAGCCACUGAGCCUCGCCCUGGAAAGCAGCAAAGAAAACCAGCAGCCAGAGACCAGGUCCGGUUCCUCGCUCAGCGGGAAGAUCUGCUCCAGCAGCCAGGCGUCCGUCGGCAUCCAGGAGAUUGUGGCCAUGUCGCCAGAACUGGACACUUACUCCAUCACCAAGAAGGUCAAGGAGGUCUUAACAGAUAACAACCUCGGUCAGCGGCUUUUUGGAGAGAGCAUCCUGGGCUUGACUCAGGGGUCCGUCUCUGACCUCCUUUCCAGGCCCAAGCCAUGGCACAAGCUGAGCCUUAAAGGAAGGGAGCCGUUUGUCCGCAUGCAGCUCUGGCUGAACGACCCACACAAUGUCGACAAGCUCCGGGACAUGAAGAAGUUGGAGAAGAAAGCCUACCUGAAGCGUCGCUAUGGACUGAUCAGUGCUGGCUCAGACAGCGAGUCCUCCAACACCCGCUCGCAGUGCCCCAGCCCCAGCCUCCAAUCUCAAGACCUCAGCAUUCUGCAGAUCAAGAAGCCAAGGGUGGUCUUGGCUCCCGAAGAGAAAGAGGCCCUGAAGAAGGCUUAUCAGCUGGAGCCCUACCCUUCCCAACAGACCAUCGAGCUGCUGUCUUUCCAGCUUAACCUCAAGACCAACACAGUGAUCAACUGGUUCCAUAACUACAGGUCCCGGAUGCGGCGUGAGAUGCUGGUGGAAGGAGCGCAGGAAGACACAGACCCAGAGCAGAGCACGACGCCAGCCAGCAACUCCCUCAAGGACCCUCCGCCCCAGAGCCCUGACUCCGAAGAGGAGGACAGGAAGCCCACUUUCAGAGACGCCGGGUGCCAAGGAGAAAGCGAGCCCCUGGUCCAGAUCAAGGAGGAGCAGGUGGAGGACUGUGCAAACCACAGGGACUCCUGCAGUCUGGAUGGGGAGAUGGAGCCUCUUUCCAGGUCCAGCCUCAAAGAAGAGCCAGUGGAGGCAGCAUAUACAGGGAGCCCAAACGAGGCUCACAAUGUGACAUGGGGCAGCGCCCCACAUAACAAAACACACGUCCUUGGGGCUCCCGAUUACCCCUCUUUACAUAACCCCCUGGAGUCAGACAGCAACGAGAGGCCUCACCCUGACCCCAUUAGCUUUAAAUCUGCUUCCGAGUCCUCCCGUUGCAGCUUGGAGGUCUCCCUGAACUCCCCGUCCGCAGCCUCCUCGCCAGGCCUCAUGGUGUCCGUCUCUCCCAUCCCAUCCUCGUCUGCCCCCAUCUCCCCAUUGCCACUGAGCGCUGUGGCUGCCAAAGCGCCGAGUUCAAGUCCUGCCACGGAUACGGGCUCGACGCCCCCGAAUGCCAAACUGAACACAAACAUCCAGCGGCGGCACGAGAAGAUGGCCAACCUCAACAGCAUCAUCCACCGGCUAGAGAGAGCAGCUAACCGUGAUGAAACCCUGGAGUGGGAAUUUUAAGGAGGCUGAGUCAAAAAGAAAUAAACUACCCAUAUUUUGUUGUCCAGAUUUUAGAUGCUGGUGAACAAGCUGGUGAAGCAGGGAGUCGUAGCGGAGUGUGUACAGAAACAGAUCUAUCUAGCUAUAUAUAUAAUAUACAUAUAUCUAUUUUAUUAAUUUCCUCGACUACUAAGGAAGAGGGAGAAACCAGCUCCAUUUUGUUGAACAAGAGUGGUUAAACAGCUACGCUGUAGCUCCUUUUCUUAGCUCCUGACGGGAAGAUAAAAUUGACCUUGUUUGUUUUAAAUGUGAAAACGAAAAAAACAAACAAAAACCCACUUGGGAACUCUUUUAGAAGAAAAAAAACAUAUUAAAAUAAUAUUUAUAGACCUCUUUUAGAUAUUUUAAUAAAAGGAAACUUUGGAAUUUAUUAACAGCUCAAGCUGCUUUGAUAUUAAAAGAUAGCUAUAAACUGUAUCAGUUGUGUCAUUAAAUGUCCACUGAAAAGUCUUGUAGUUUGCCACUGGAUGAGAUUAAAAAUAAUUUAAAAAUGUAAAGAUAUAACCCAGACUCAUUGAUCAAAGCCAUCAAGAAGCACUAUGAGACUGACCAAAUUUUGCUAAACUUGAUCACCAAGGGGGGGGGGGGAAUGGGUGCUUUUUCCUCCCCCCACCUGUCUGUAAGACACAGCAUUAGUGCGACAUUUUCCAGGGACUUGUCUUAUAGUCCGCGAAGACUCUAAAUUUGGAAUCCACAAUGCCAUCCUGAGUCUGUUACUUAGUUCUGGUGGUAUGUUUUGGAACCUGUUCGGUUGUUUUCCUUUUCCUUUUUUUUUGUAACAUGGGGGAGAAGUGUUGUGUGCCGUUGUAUAUGUUGUAGAGAUAUGUUUGCAAUAGCCUUCCUGAACAAGAUGUAGCAUGGUUUGGGAACUGACUCCUUAGUCGGGAUGCAUUCCUCUAGCAAGUGACCUGCCAGAAACCAAAACCAAGGAACAUGGCCAGAAACAUCAUUGACGAAACAGCAGCAGCAGUAGCAAACAAACAAACAAACGGCAGCCAUGCUCUUUCUCCUGCCCACUAUUUUAGAAAGUAGCACCUUUUGUUUCAGAAAGGUGUGUUUGACAGCUUGAAAAAUAUUGUGUGUUUGCUUUUUGGCAAGGACAGACUUCAAUAACCAGGACAUCCCAUACAAAGGUUUACAUUUUUGGGGUGCCUGAAAAUCACUGCCUUUUUGCUUACCGGUAGCUCAAUGUUUUGUUUCUGGAAGGGAGCAACCAGUUGAGGUUCUUGCCUACAAGAGUAUGGAAAUAGAGAGGAAAUGUUGGUUCACGCUCAAUUUGUUUUCCACCUAGUCAUGAGUUCCCCAUGUGCCCUGAUUCAUUCCAAGGAAGACAGUACUGCAGGCUUAGAGGAGAAGGUCUGGGGCACAUCAAAGGACUUUUGGGCUUGUGCCCAGGACUCUGUGUUUCUAACAGACCCCACUGGAAUCCCAAUCAAGAAGAAUCUCCUGUCAGAUGUGGGAUUCAGCUUCCUAAAAUGGAACACUUCCAUUUUCAUUUAUUUAUUUCUUUUAAGUUUCUGGUCCUCAUUGCUGUGAAGAGAAGCUUGAAAGUAUAUUGGAAGUGCAUACUGAAAACUCAGAAGCUGGAGUAGAUUAUAUGUGUGCUAAGCACAACGUCCAGUGUGUUAAGAAGAUGGUGCUUUGACAUAGUUUCCCCACAGCUAUAAUUUGCUGACAUCCUUUACCACCAACGACAACAGUCCUCUAUCCUUCCUUCUUCCUAUUUUGCCUGUACUUACCAAGAAAACGCCCUUUGAAAGCUUCAUGCAAAUUUGCACACACUUAUUUUGCAUACUAUCUAAUUCCAUAGCGGUGUAUGGCAUAAUUCAUUAGAGGGGGGUGGGAUGUAUUAUGCAAACUAAGUUUCUGCAAAUGUGCAUGUUUUUAUUCUGACUGUCAAAUUCAUUUUUCUUUGGUGCAGAAUUGGCAGGGAAGCGGGGGUGGCCCCAGCCUCCCAGAAAUCGGUUGGCGGCUGCAAUGUAGCUUUCAUUGGCACUAGAUCUGGCAUAGAACUCGUGCUGAGAAGUAGGAAGGGUCAUAGCUCAGCGGAGGAGUGCGCAUGCAUUGCAUGCAGAAGUUUCCGGGUUCAAUCCCUGGCAUCUUCAGGUAGGGCUGGGAAUGCCCCCCUCUCUCAGAUCCUGGAGAGUCACUGCCAGUCAGUGUGGAAAGUUGUGUGGACCGAGGGUCUUGUUAUGCAGCUUCCUAGGUGGAGUCUGGCCAGGGAGCGCUUAGAGGAGGAUCACUGACCAGUUGUCCCGCCUAUGUGUCUAGGUGGGACACUUGGUCAGUGAGUAUAUAUAUCUCCCCAGAAGUGGGCAACUCUCCCUGCCCUCAAAACGAAAACCCAGCCAAAUGAGGGCUAUCGUAAAUUGAUCAUGGAAAGUUGCAUCACUUGGAAUAGAGAAAAGAGAAAGCCUAAGUAAAUUGGCCUUAGGAUUUGAGGAGAGGUCAGAGUUUACACUUCUGGGUAUCGUUUAGGAUAGAUUGUGCUGCUUCUGACAGGUGUUCGAAAACACACACACACAAAAACCAUUGGAGCUGUAGGGUGAGAGCUAUCCAAAACAGGGGUGGUGUAUCUGUUGGCUGCAUCUGUUGCUUUCAGGAGAGCUUGGUCAGCUGUUCUGUGGCCACCUCCUCCAAGGGCAGGUCCUGCUGCUUCAUCUCUGCAUCAGCGGUAACAGAACGAUCCAAACAGAUGAUGCAAGAAGGCCGCAGAAUCACCUGGUGAAGGCUGGCUGGGAGACAGACUAAGCAGGCCUGCCCACCCUUCCUUUCAUUUGGCUACUCUGAGCUCAUGUGAUGUGAGGAGCUUUUCCUUCAACUAUUUCCUGCUUUCAUUAAAUUAUUUCUCGGACACCUGCAUGCGUCGUCUCCCACCCCACCCCCCAAGCAAAGUCAACCUCUCAAGAACCGUUCACAGUAAUAAUAAAGCAGCAGCUAAAAGUGAAGCAAUACAGUAGGGGUGGAGGGAUUGUUUGACUGCAAGACCAUUAAGUCCAAAAGUCUUGAAAUAACCUAGCUGCACAACUGCCAAUGACUUAACCUUAAAGCCUGCGUAGGUUGGUGUAGGACGAGGUGGGUCUUUGAGCUUCCCUGAUCCCACGCCAUGUAGGGUUUUGAAGGCUAUUCAAAUGGUGCUCAGAACCGGACCAGGAGAGAGUACAGCUGUUCAGAAUGACUGCCUUAAUAAGUUUGGGUUUGGGAGCUGCUUUCCUCCCACCCCACCUGGUUCUCAAUUAAUGCUGGUUAAUCCAGUUGUUCCAUUCCUUACUUGGGCUUGAAACGCUUUUGAAACGACGAGCCGCUUUCGGAAAUGGAGAAGCAAUGAGUAACCCGCUGCUAAGGCUAUGAUUGAGUAGGGUGUGUGCUUCCCCCCUCCGCACCCCUGUUUUCAUCAGGCAUUUUUAUGUACUGGCAGUUCACGGCUUCCCUUGAUCUGGCCUUCUGGCAGACCUUGAAAAUGACCCCAUGCAGGAACCAUCUGAUGCAAAUGCAAUUUUCAUGUACCGUUAACUUUUCUAACCGUUUGCACGUCAGCAGGAAACAGAAAGUGGAGUUGGAACCAUUGACUUCUUCCCCCUGGCUUUAGUGGAGCAGGAUUUUUGAACUAAGCACUUAAGAGAGAGUCUUUCAAACCCAGAGAGAAAUCCUGUUGCACUGAAAGCUGGCAGGGAGCGUCAGGUCACGUUUUCUUAGCCUCAUGUACUGUACUUUAAAAAGUUUCUACAAGAUUGAACUUUGUUAAACAUUUUAAAGGAAAAAAAGGACCACAAAUUCUGUAAAAGAGCCACUAAUAAUAAUAAUAAUAAUAAUGAAAUUGUAUAACAUCUUGGCUUGGUGUCUCAGUUUAUUGUGUUGAUCUCCUUUUUUGUCCACUGCUGCCCUG